AUGAGCGAAUUCCGACAAGCAAUCGACCACGUAGAAGCGCUUGAGGCGUGUUUAACACUACUGCAGCAAUUAGUUACCAACUGCUGUGAUCGUCAACUGUUAGAAGAAAAGCUUAGCUUCAUUAUGACCGCAAUUAAUGGUGAGAUUGAUGUCAUUAUGUCAAAGUUUCGAGCCAGAUGCUCGAUGGUGGAUCCUGUGACGAAACAGGCGCGAUUUGGCCCUAAAAUGCUGGCUAAAGUGCAAGAUCUGCUCCAACGCUACGAUGACAUCACGCUCAGAAUGAAAGAAGACGCGCCGUUGCGUCUAGAUAUCGAAGAAAAGAUUCAUAAGAUUGCAGAAGAAGAAGCUGCAAAGGAGAGCGAUGAAGUUGCUCGGAAGAGGGAGACAAGGAUAGCCCAACAGGCUGAAGAAUUGGCAAGGAAACAGGAACAACAGAGACAGCAGCAAGCAGCUCUGGAACUGAAAGCGGAGCAUCAACGAGUCGAACAACUUCGGAUUGAAGCUUUGGCUUCUGCUGCGCAGGAAAAACGUGAGCGACGUGAGAAAGAACGCGCAAAAGAGGAACAGCAGCGAAUGCUGGAGGAGCAGGAACGCGAACGCUUAAACGCGUUAAUCCCGCACGGAAAACAGGGACUUGAAAAAGCUAUGACAAUGUUAAAAGAAAGCACUGGCGAAGAGGCCCUGUUUCGUCAGUCACUCGUAAAGCUCCUAGGGGUGGUGAGCAAUAUCUGCUCGGCACCAGAGAAUGCGGCUUUCCGUCAUAUUCCCAAAUAUAACGCCAACUUUCACGCUGAUCUGGGGCAAUAUGCUGGUGGUCAUCAGUGUCUGCUUGCGCUAGGGUUUAAAGAGCUUCAACAAGGAGACGAAGCGCAACCGAGAGCUGUUUUUGUGUUAGAGGAACCAAAUUUAUCGGAAGAUUUUAAUGCCUGGAGCAACUGGUUUGACGAGCUUAAAGAAAUGCAAUGUUUAGUGGAGUCUAAGCUGUGA